AUGAAUAAUGAUAUAUUUUAUUUAACAUUUAGAAAUAUCUAUCUCUUUAAAUGUAUAUUUAAUCAAGUAACUAAAAUACACAAGAGUUUAGAAAAGAAGACAUCAUAUAGAUUUAAAGAUGUACCUUUUGAUUGGGCAACACAGAAUGGGUAUGAUAGGUUGAUCAUUGAAAAGUUUAGAUUGUAUCCACAAUCACUUAAAGAUCAAUUGUCACUCCUUCACUCCAAUAAAUAUUAUAUAAUAGAUGGUGUACUUCAAAACAAGUACUUUGCAUUUGAUGAUUUCAAAGAGAUAUUCAGGAUGACCAAAGAGACAAAUUGCUCUGUCAUUUUGUUGGAUAGUCUUUCUUUGAAUCAUCAAUGGUAUAGAGACGAUGCAUCAAAGCUAAUUGAAGCAUUUGAAUACACUAAAACUAAACUUGGCAACCUAAAUCAACAACAAGGAGAAUCAACCUUUCUCUACACAACCAAUCUCAUCAGAGCAACUAUUCAAUCCAAUAAUCUACAAGCCGUUACAUAUGUACACGAACAACUAGAGCAUUAUGGUAAAAUUGGAGCUCAGUCUGUAGGUUGGGCAUCAGUUCAACCAACUCAACGAGACAGUACACUCAUCUUUGAGUACAUUGUCAAAAAGUAUAAAGAUGAAAUCAGACUAUGGUCAAUCAAUUUCAGAUCGAUUGCAAUGCAUGGACACUACAAAGCUAUACAAGUAUUGUUGGACAAUGGUCAUAACAUCACAGUAAUAGAAGAAUAUAUAACACCAAUCAUUUUAGAGAUUGCAUGUUACAAUGGUCAUUAUGAUUUGGUUGUCUAUCUACUCAACAAAUUUAAAAUUAAACCCCAUCUAUCUCCAAAUAUACUUGGACUUGCUGCUAAAAGUAGUAAUUUAAAAUUAUUAAAAUAUUUAUGUGAAAACAAAUCAAUAGAUUGUGGAUCACUUGAAUCAAUCGUUCCAAUGUUUAUAAGAUGUAAUGAAGCGGAUAAACUUUAUUAUUUCUCCGAACCAGAACCCAUCUUUUUUUACUCAGAAAUGCUAUACUUUCCAUACAUUACAACCAAGUAUGAUGAAAUCAUUGAUUUCCUUCAAGUUGUUAUUCAUUCGAAAAGAGAGAGAGAGAUAAAAAGAGAGAAAGAAAAAAUAUGGACAACCUAUUUUUCAAGACAUUUAGAAAUAUUUAUCUCUUUAGAAAAUGGGUAUGAUAGGUUGGUCAUUGAAAAGUUAAGAUAUGAUCAACAAUCAAUCAAGGAUCAAAUGACACCUAUUUAUCCAAACAAUUACAAGACUGUAGAUGCCAUUAUUCAAAACAAGUACUUUGUACAAUAUUUUCUCGAACCACUAGCGAAUCAUGAAAACUCUCCGUCUUACCAUUCAACCUAUCACGAUCGAAAUGUAUAUUUAGCAUCUUCUCAACCACCGAUACUGGACAGUGCACUCAUUUUCGAGUACCUUCUCAGCAACAAGUUCAAUCAUCAUCAUCAUCAAUUCCAACCAGAUUAUUUGAUAUCAUAUAUUCAAUUUGAAGUAAUAGCAAAGAAUGGGAGCGUCAAGUUUCUCGAGAUAUUGUUGGACAAGGGAUUCGGACCAUAUUUCACAUAUGAAAUGGCCAAUAUUGCAUGUUUCAAUGGACAUUAUGAUUUUGUUGUCUAUCUGCUCUCCAGAUUAAAAACAAUUCAUCAUCCAUGUUCAGAUAUACUUACCUUGGCUUCUAGAAGUGGUAAUUUAAAACUAUUAAAAUAUUUGUAUGAAAACAUUGAAUGUGGAUCACUUGAAACAAUACUUCCAGAGUUUCUAAAAUAUGAUGGAAUCAAUCAACUAUAUUAUAUUUCAUAUCCAAAACCUAGAUGGUAUAGGUAUGAAAGCUACCGACUUUUCGAUGAUGACGAUAAAGACGAGGAAUAUCAUUUGAAAAAGUAUCAGGAAAUUAUUGAUUUCCUCAACAGUAUUUUCGACAAAGAAUUGUUACAAAAGCAAGGAAAAAAAAUAUAUGAAAGUCGUCAUUUUUACCGUGAUGCAAUUCAAUACCAUAUAAUGUUUGUCAAACCAGUAGGAUGGUUUCCAAUAAUAGAUUCAAUGGAUCAAGACUUGAUAGAUUAUUUUAAAAUUGUUUAA